GCUUUCGACGGAAAAGCAAACGCAAAGCCAGCCGAAUUCCCAUUUUUAUGCCAACUCCGAGUUGGCCAAUACGAUCUGCAAUUUCAGUCUGCAAGCGGUCAGCCAGGUGAACGGCAGCCAGCACAGCUGGUCUCUAAGUAAGUGGGCGUGACAAUCGGUUGUAUAUAUAUAUAUAUAUAUGUACAAGAUAUAUAUAUAAAACGGGUGUCUCUGUGCGUGAGAGAGCUGGAAAAAUUAUAUAAAAAAAAGUGCAAUGAAAUAAAUGGAAAAUUCCCAUAUAAAUAUAGCUUAGAAAAUAGCUAAAAAGUGUUUUUAAAAUAGUGGAAAAUGAUCUGGAAAAUCCUUAAAAUAAAUCAAUGAAAACUAAUCGCUUUUAGUUGGAAUUAAACAGAGAUAACCGCAAAGGCAGUUACAAAAUCAGUCAAAAACAACAAUAAAAAUUUCCACAAGUGCACUAACACAAACGCAGGCCCACAAAGAAAACUGCAGCAUUAAUACAAGUGCAAAAAAAAAAAAAAGAAAAACAUAAAUGAUUUUUGCCUUUGUGUGAUUUUGCGUGCGUUUGCUUUUGUGUUAGUGGCCACUUUUAUGGGUCUAAAUUUUUAUUGUUCAUUUAAGAAACGCAUAAAAUUUAAGCAAAAUCAGCUGGAAACAUUUUGGAAAACGUUAAGCACCAUUAGCAACGAAAAACAAAAACAAAUGCGAAAACUUUAAACCAUUUUGUGGAUUAUACAAACUAAAAUUUGGAUCGACUGAAAAGAGUUAGCAAGCAACCAGAGAACUGAAGCCUUCAAGAUGAAAAAAGCCAAAGGCUGGCUGUUAAUGACAGCAACAGUACUGCUGCUGAGCCUGUUGGCCUCCACAGAAGCUGCCCUGCCCUUUAAGAAGGUGUCCAUUGCCAAGACUCCCAUCUCCACGAGCAGCACCACCAGCACUACGACGGAAUCGACAGCUGUUGAGGAGGAGGAAGUGGAGGAGGAGCAGCCGGUUCCCAGCGGAGAUGGCGGUGAUAGUAGCAAGUCGGAUAAUGGCACUUUGUCGAAGAAUUCUAAGCUGACGGGCAUCCCGCAGAUCGAUUAUAUUUGGGAUCCCAACCUGCCCAGGGAACUGAGGGGCUACAACCUAUCGACGUAUCCCUUCCUGUCCACGGUACCGCCCAUGGAUGAGAUUCACUUCAAGUGCGAGGGUCUGCACGACGGCUUCUAUGCCUCCAUCGAGUACAAGUGUCAGAUCUACCACCACUGCGUCUAUGGCAUAAGACACGACUUUCUGUGCGCCAACUUCACGGCCUUCGACCAGCGCACCUUCAUCUGCCACUUUGCAUCCGACGUUGACUGCGAGGGAUCACAGAAAUAUUGGAACAGGAACGAUGAGCUCUAUAUGGCCACCACUACCACAUCCACGAGCACCACAACAACGCCCGCGCCACCCACUCAAGCACCUCCUCCUCGCCGUCGACCUCAGAGACCACAACGUCCGCUAAGGCGGCCCUAUAACCGCAGACCCAUAGACGACUACUACUACGAGGAUCAGGAUCAGUACGAAGACGAUUACUAUGAGGAGCGUCCCGUCAGACGACCCAAGCCAAGACCCCGUCAAAGGAAACCCCAAGUGGAACUGGACUACGAUGAUGAAUAUGAUGAAAAGCGGGCGGAAGCUAAGAAGCCUAUUAGACGAAACAGGAAUCGUUACCGCGAUGAGGAGGAGACUCAGGAGGAGGACUAUGACGAACGGCCGAGUAAAAGGUCAAGAGGUAAACCCACUGCGGGACCGUCUGGUCGAAAGGUAUCGCCCAGGAAACCAGGACGCGUGGAAGAACGCCGCAGCUUCAACGAAGAUCGUCCGCUGGGCAGGAGACGUAUUGAAAAGGAAAGGACAACGCCAUCAUCCGCUUUGGAUGACCUGGACGAAUAUGAAAAACCAUAUGGCGGUGCCGAUCAGGAAGAGGCCGCUGAAGAGCAAACGCCUCAAAAGGUUAAGACAACUCCAAAACCACUAACUGAAUUCAUAACCCCCAAGGCGGCAUCUUCUUCCGUGUAUGCUCGUCCACGGGCUCCGCCAAGGAUCGCUCGACCUGUUCCCAUCAAUGAGAAGAAAAAGUUCUCCUAUCCAGUGCAGAAGAUCACGGCCACCACACAGGCACCGUCCAACAGUGCCCAAGAGGAGGAAGAUUACCCUGAAGAGCAGGCAGACGAGGAUUACGAGCAACCUCCAGCUAGGAACACCCCUCGAAGGCGUCCGCCAGCACCUCGAGUAGAGCAGAAGCCCACGAGAACCACGUUGCGCAAACCAGUGACGGAUAAGAAGCCUGCCGAUGAGGAGUACUACGAGCCGGCGGAUCAAGAACCGUUGAGAAAACGUAAGCGUCCUUUGGCUCCCAGAUCCCGUACUCCGGCAGCCGACGUGGACUUCGAGGAUGAAGAUUAUGAGGAGAGUCCGGCACCCGUUUCCACAGCAGCUCCUUUGAGAAACCAGAGACUGAGAUCGAAGACAACCACCCGGAAGACAACAUUGGCACCGCGUCCUCGCAAGCCAAUUAUUGAGGAAGAAGAGGAGCUGGAGCACCCAGUGGAGCCGGUCGCAGAAGAAGCCCCAGCCCCCAGAACGCGAGCCAAUUCAUUGAGCGGGCGAAACGUAGGCGCUGGCAAUUCCCAGCGUCCUUCAUCGGUACGUGUGGUCAAGCGACCUUUCCUGCCCUCCAGGGGUGGCAGUCCAUAUCUGCCCCGAGGUCUACAACCGGUGGGCGUGGCAUUGAAACCACUGCCCACCACAGAUAGCACCCCCAUCGACAUGGGUUCCACCAUUUCAGGAGUGCGUCUUCUCGAGCAUGGGGCUCCAUUGCUAAGGGGAAGUCCUGAUAGUGGGGAAGAUGACGAGGUGGAGCCACCUCCAUCGCCCAGUCCACCCAGAACAACACUUCCGCCUCGCAGUGCCCUGCCCACCACACCAAAGCGAGUGGAGCCGCAGCGUCCCAAGCUAAAUCUCGACGAGCUCUACGAGAACGAUUAUGAUGUGACGCUGAACGAUGCCCUCGAUCCCACGCUCAAACCGCUCUCGCCCCAGCAUUCGCAUCCACAUUUGCAUCAGCUUCCAUAUCAGCAGCAGCAGCAGCAAUCGCAGCGCCAAUAUGCCAGCGCAUAUAAUCCAUUUGCCUAUCAGCCAGCGUAUCAAUCACCAACAUCUGCUUCAGCAUCAGCAUCCGCAUCAGCAUCCGCAUCGCAGUCGCAACCAGCGAGCUAUCAUAGUGAUUCCUAUUUCUCGUCGACAGAUAUACGCCGGCGGGCUGUUGUCCCGGCGCAAGCCGCGCGUCCACAUCGACUCGAAUACGCUGCUGCCGGAGGAGCAACCGGCGGACCGUCCAGCGGAGGAGCCAUCUCCGGGUCGGGAGUGAGCCGGAGCUACCAGCCGGCGGGCGGACGAAUUGCCCAGCAUUUCUACGACGACUUUGCCUACUGAAAAGUUCGCUUGUAAUAAGUUUCUUCAGCUGUAAAUAAGUUUCCCCAACACAAGGAGAGUUCCAAUUUGGUGCACGGCUCCAACUUCUUAAACAAAUCUGUCUCUACCUUAGUCGUUUAGCCGCAAAAACCUACUCAUAAUUCAAAAAGGUUCGGGACAUAUUUAGAAAUAUCAGAUCAAAAACAACAUAAGCGAUAUUAACUCAUAGAAUGAACAUAAAACUUUAUAUUUUAGUUAAAUACUUUAACGUUGCAAUAAUAUUUGAUUAGUAACUUCAGAGCUCUUUAGAUUGAUUCUGCAAAAAGACUUUUUAACAGACCUGCAAUCGCUUAUGGUAUUUUUGCUAUAUGAGCUCUAUGUCUUGAACCCUCUACUUAUAUUUACGUUGUAUAAUACUCAAAUGUCGUGAUAGUAGCAGCUUGCGAAUUUGUCUGCUAGUUCGUAUCUAGUAGUUUAUAAAACUAACUCCCUCCUACUCGUUUAUCUCCGCUAAAUCAGAAAUCAAAACAUAAAACAUCCAGCAGAACAGAACGAAACGGAACAGCAGCAUCGAUGUCCUUAAUGUACAUUUAAAAAGAGCGAAUACUUAAUGAGUUAAUUUAAAAUUGCAAUUUGUAUACAAAUUGUCUAUUAUAUUUAAGCUUUGUCGGGGAUCGUGUUCGUUGUGGAGAGCCCAGAUCCAAGACUUAAGUCGGAGUGCAUAACAAUCAAAACAAAAACUGAAAUAAAUUAAAAACCUA